AUGGCGAGGCAAUAUUCAGCAGCACUUUCUCUUUUGCUUCUCAUGGCAUCAUCAUCACUACUCUUUGUGGUGUCAAAAGGGGCACCAAGUUAUUCUGAGAAGAUUUCUUUAAUUCCAAAGAGGCAUGUGAGAAUCACGAACGACCUGGGGGAGGGCCGCGUUUUGAACAUACACUGCAAAUCCAAAGACGAUGAUUUGGGAAUACACAACCUGUCGUUUCACAGCACUUUUGAAUGGGAGUUCAGAAGCAACGCGUUCGCAGCGAUAACUUUGUUCUACUGCGACAUGUGGUGGGGCAACCAUGUGAAGGGAAGCUUCGAUGUGUACAGAGCAACCAGAGACGAUAACAAGUGCACAGACUGCAAAUGGAGUAUCAGAACUGAUGGUUGGUACUGGUUUGAUGCUGAGACUAACAAGUGGGAUCUCAUGUAUCGCUGGCCUAAACCCUAG